CGAAAUCCGGCCUAGCGCCACUAAGCGAAAGAGUAGUGUUGUUCAAGGAGGAAAGACCUCGCGUCUUCAACCCUCUGAACCUCUACAUAUGACUACGCGCGCUGCUUCCAAAGCAGCUUCUAAUAAUACCAGUCCUGCUGCACCCUCCACCAUCGACGGAAGCAGUCGCAGGAGUUCCCUCAACGACCUCGCGCAAGAUGAUGGCGGUGUUUCUGACACGGAAGAACGCCCAGCCAAGCGCAGCCGCCUGUCGACAGAUUCUGGUUCGCCGCAGGAGCCUUUCGCAUCCCAAAUUCCAUUGAAUGGGUCGCAAACUAUCAACGACACUAAAUCAACGUCUCGUCGUGGUUCGACUGCAACGAAGCCCGCAAGCAAAAAGCGACGAGCAUCCAGCGACUCUACCGAAUCUAGCAAAACUGUUGGCGCUCGUCCGAAUGGUCCGAAUGCUGCGAAUGGUGUUUUUGCUCGCAACGAAAAGGACAUGUCCGAGAAACAGCCACGCCGCAAGAAGCGCAAGACGAGCGCAACUCCUCCUGAGCCCACUGAACCACCACCUGAACUAACCGACGCUUCUACGCCUCCGGGCUCACCAGAGCAGCCUCCAGAUAUUGAGAGCAGCCAAAAUGUCCAAACUAUUCUUCCUGCCACCAAUGGUGAGGUACCUGCAAAGGCCGCUAAGCGACUUCCGGGUCGUCGCCGCCAGCCGCAUGCGAACGUGGUCGUAGAAACGGAUCUCCGUCGACAGCUCCCACUCAAGAUGGACUAUCGCGCUCUUGCCAAGCAGCAAAAAGUCAUGCUUGACGAAUUGUCGAGGCGGUCUAUCCAAGUUCUGAACAACGAUUCCGAGUCUUACAAGAAUCUUCCCGAGUAUCAAGAGACGAUCGCCGCAUUGAAUGAACAUAGGGAUCGUAGACUUGAUCAGCUCAAUGCUCAGCGCCAGAACAGGCUAGACGCUGAGGAGCGAGUGUGUGCGGGCCAAGAGCACAAUUUCAAAAACCAGCACAUUAACACAUUCAAGACGCUUCAGGACAACCUCAUGUUGCAUAUAUAUUAUGACAUGAAGCAGUUACACCGCGAAAUGAAAGCCCAUGAAGGUGCCACUGAUGAUGAAGAAAAUAUCAUUGAGCCCACGCACACGGACUUCCCUGCGCUCAACGGCGAUGAUCGAUUGGGAUCUCAGUAUGCCUCUCGUAGCAGGGCGUACAUCGAGACUGAACGUAUGAUUGCUGAAGAAGAUAGCCGUGGUCGCCUCGGUGGGUUAGUGCAAUCGUUUAUGACCAGUGACGAGGACUUGAACGAUUCGAUCGGGAAAGUACCCGCCGGAUUUGCGCAAUUUACUGGUCCUCCACGCGACGAAGCCAUUGCGUUGUACAACGUCGCUAGUCUUGCUGAAGCGGCCGAAGAAAUUGAGAAGACGCCGGCACCAUCAGAAGCAUCAGCUAUCAUCCUAAACGAACAGGCCGAUGCUCUGUUCAUACUUGCAUCCGUCUCUGCCGACAGGCCACAAGAGCCAACUCAUGGUGAGAAACAACUGUCAACUGUGCCCCCUAGCCAAGUCGUCACUCCGGUACCACAGACAGAGCUACAGAGACAGACUUCACCAUUCGCGCCCAUGUCCACUGCAUCAACUGCCAUGUCCUUGGAAACGGCUAGGAGCAGUCCGGCAAAACAGUCACAAGCUCCAGAGACCUUCACGCCCACCCCUCUCCAGCAAGAGCCUCAUGUUGUUCAACCCGGAAAGGAAUCAGACACAUCCAAGAAGGAAACGCCUGUCAAAGUCUCCACUCACCGGAUCAUGGAUAUCCUUAAUGAUGAUCAAGAUAUCGCCCUACCAAGAUCACGAGAAUCUAGGGCUUCAAUUCUGGACCAUACUCCCUCUGCCAGUCCGUCUCGUCGACCAAGUGCCAGCCACAGCCAACACCCGUCUCAGAAUGGUUCGCUCCGUAUGGAAGCCCUUUAUCACAGUCAAGAACAAUCAGUCUCUCGGGAGAUGGGAACUCCGUCCGAAGCUUCCGCAGGUAUCUCCCAGCAGCGCUCACCGCCUCCAAGCAGUCAGUUCUGGUCCAGCAAAAACCUUGGGUCCCCAAAAGAGCAUGCUCCUGAGGCCCUACCAGACAAAAACCCUCUUGACCGAAUUAAGCGCAUGUUGGAUGCUAAAAAGCAGAACAUGUUAGAGCACCACGCAACAGACGGAUAUCAUGGGUCCCAGGCAUCGCAAGGAUCACAGGGCCAGCAAACACAGCAAGGACCUCCAUCUCGGCGUGGUAGUCUUGAACGACCCAACAUGGCUCCGCCUUUCGCCCGAGCCUUCAAUUCGUAUGAUCGUCCAGAGAGCCGCGGUGAAUCUCGCCGACCAUCUGCGGCCUCUCCUCCAACAGGUCAUUAUUCCUAUAAUCAUUCUCCACACGAAUCGCAUGCCGCUCCGUAUGUACCGCCAUCACGUCAUACCUCUGCCGAUCAAGGAUCUCGUCAAUGGAACGAUGGCAGACGUCUGAGCGGGCCUCCUACACCGCAUCAACCACCUCCACCCGCACCAUAUGGCGCUCCUCCGUAUCAACCCUACAAUCCUGACUACAGCAGGCCAGGGCCAACUCCACCGACGCAUCAGAGCCCGUACCCACCACCAAAUGCUCACUCGAUGCCGCCAUCCAGCCAGCCCCUACCGGCGAAACCCCCAGGGCCACCAGCCCAGGUCACCUAUCGCUUCGCGCACUAUGACCCAGCUCCACCAAUGAUUACAUAUCCCCAGGCGUCACCUCCAACUUAUCCUACAAGUUCCCACCCCCCUCCUCACGCUAUUCCCCCACCACCCCCUCAUUACGCAACUCCGUACAAUGCAUCCCACCAAUAUCAAGGCUACGUUCCGCCACCAGGCAGCUUCCAAGCUCCACCACCGCCGCCACCGCAGCCCAUGUCCCAAUAUCCCCCACUAAAAAUCCACCAGUAUGGCGGCCAACGCAUCCUCCCGGCCAACAUGGCUCCUCCACUACCGCAGUCCCCAAUGUCGCCUUAUGGCCCGCCUCCGCAUGCUCCGGCCUUCUCGCAGCAAGCAGGUCCACCCAAGCCUCAUUAUGAGCACCCACCUUCAGCAUCUCAGGAGCGCUCUAUCCAGGAGUCUCGUCCGCGUCGCCAGUACCGCUCUUGGCAUGCUCCAGGCACGGAGUUCAGGAGCUACCAGGGUCCGAAUCAGAGGGGUCGUCGGGGCGGUUGAGAGAAAAGUUUAUUACCUUUCCCGUUUCCAUAUCUAUGUUCAUUGUGAGCCCCAUGUCCUUGUCCAUCCACAUUCCCAGUCUGAGUCCUGUGUACUCCAAUCCAACUUUUACAACCCUUUUAUCACCCAUUUUGCUCUUGCAUGCAGAUCUUGUCCCCUGCCCCUUUCCCCUGGCUUUCGGUUCUGAAUUUUGGUUUCGGCCUCUGGCCUUUUUUUUUUGGUUUCUGUCUUUGUUUUGCCUUCCUUUCAUGUAAUUUUGUGGUUCUUGUGCAUUUUUGCAUAGCAUGGCGAUGGUUUCUGUCGGGCUUUGGCCCUCUUCUUUGAUACCAUAGGCUGGCUGGCUGGUGCAUCUGGCGUUGAGGAGAUUGAUUGUAUUGUAGUAUAGUGAAGCUUUGGACAUGAC